AAUUUAGUUUGUGAUGGAUCAAGACGAGUUGGUAUCAACGUUCUGUGGCAUUGCUGACUGUGACCCUGAAAGAGCAAAAUUCUUCCUUGCUGCAUCUAAUUGGGAGCUUGAGUCUGCAUUGAACACGUUUUUGGAUCCAUCUGGUAUGGAUGCUCAAGAUGAGGUCCAAGAAAUACCUGCUCCCCCAACAACCACUGCUAGUCAGCCUCCUGUAACUACCGGUACUAGCACUGGUAGUCAACCUCCUACUUUGAGAGAAAUUGCCUCUGGAGGUCAACCCUCAUCACGAGAUCCACCAAGGUUUGGCACAAUAGCAUCAUUAAACACUGGAGAUGAUGACUCUUCAGAUGAUGAAACUAACAAACAUUACGCGGGAGGUAGUGAACACAGUGGACAACUCAUUAAAGGGAACAAAGACAAAAUCAAAGUUACAGAUGUUUUUAACUCUGCCAAAGAGCAUGGUGCAGAAGUUGUAGAAGAUCAAGGAAAACCGAGUCGUGGGCAGAACUUUGGAGCGUUUGGUGGGGGUGGUUUUAAACUUGGCGACUCUUCUUCAACUUCAGAACCCAUACCUUCUGCGCGAAGAGCAGCUCCAGCUCAGGAACAAACAAGCACUAUAACGUUUUGGAAAGGAGGCUUCACUGUGGACGAUGGUCCUCUCCGCAAGAUGGAGGAUCCUGCUAACAAGGAGUUUCUUAGUGCUGUCAUGAGGGGUGAAAUCCCACAAGAGUUAGUGAGACAGGCACAAGGAGCUGAAGUCCAUGUUAACAUGGUGGACAAGAGAACUGAGGAGUUUGUUCCUCCUAAACCCAUCCUUAGACCUUUCUCUGGAAGUGGAUUCAAGUUAGGAAGUCCAGUUCCUGAAGUGGUAACAAACUCGGGCCCCUCCCCACGCGCUCCCACUAACCCACCCACUGCUGCUUCUGUUGAUGUGGACCAAUCUGCCCCCGUUACUUCCAUACAGAUUCGACUAUCAGACGGUACGCGACUAGUCUCAAAGUUUAACCACACACACACGGUCGGGGACAUCAGGAACUUUAUCAACCUGUCUCGCCCGGGCGCGCCCACCGCGUACGCUCUCAUGACUACAUUUCCCAACAAAGUACUGUCUGAAGAGGGCUCCAGUAUCGCGGACGCAGGACUGCUUAAUGCUUGUAUUGUGCAACGGAAGAGCUAGGGGCACUCAGGGGUGCUGGGUUGAGUAAUGCAUAUAUUUAUAAAUGAUAGAUUCUAUUAAUUUAUGUUGUAUUUGUAAAUUUGUUUGAUAAAUUUUCAGAUGCUUUUUUGAUAAAAAUUCAUCUGGUCAUGAAUUGUAGAUCAAAUCAUUAGUGGUUUGAAGGCUUUUUAAAAAGGAAGUUGUAGUUAUAGAAUAUAGAAGUGGGUGUUCAAAAGGUUAAAACGCUAUUUGUAAAAGCUCCUAUUUUAUUUGGGUUUAUUGCUUGGGGUAUAUAAUAAAGCUUUGAAGAGAAACUACACGAAUGCCGUCAUUAUUCACAAUCUGAUGUGUUUCACUAUCUAAACAAAGAACAAGGAUGUACUGUCUGCAAACACACACCAAAUUUCCUGAAUAUUUGUAAACAACAAUGUGUUCUUUAUCUUCACGGUCGUGUUAGGAAGUUUGGUAACGUUAUCUAACAUCUGGAUAGUGACUUCCUGGUUGUUGAUUCAAUAGAAAUUAAAUUUCGAAUUCUCCGCCUAUGUCCUUUUUUUCUGAAGUUAUCGCUCUCAGAUAUAAAAAUAUCCUUACAAAAAUCUGUGCUCACAGUACAAAAAUUCUGUGUACACAGUACAGUCGCUUGGCUAUGUAAUCGGUGUAUUUUUGGUAUAGCUGGGCCAAUUAACUCGUCACUGGUAAUGACUCCUAAUUACAACCACGUUGCAGACAGUAUGUAUUUAGAAAUGAAGGAAAUGAUAUACCUGAAUUGUUUAUCUGGAUUCACUGGUGGCACGUGUGGUAUUGUUAGUUUUUAAAUGGGCGAAACACUUAAAAAAGAGUUAUAAUUAUAUGGGAUUCUCACACUUUGGGUCUGCAAUGUUUUUGGGUUGGGCACAAAGCCUGCACUAAUUACAAUUUAAUAAAUUUGAUGUCUAUCAAAAGUUAAGUUGUUAUUUGGUUUAUAUUAUAUACAAAUUCUUACAGACUCU